GAAAAUAAAGAAAGAUGCGAACGCAGACGGCGAUGACACAGUGGUGUUCGAGAGUGGCAACAAAGAGGCUUCUGAGGUCAGAAACGUGGCGAGCGUGUGGGGAGUUGAAGAUGAGUACAAAGCAAGACAAUAACGACGCCGUUUUCAAGCAGAAACGGCUACUUCGAACUGAGGUCAGAAAAAGCCUCAAAGCCAUCGACCCUUCCCUCAGAUCCCAACAAGAUAACGCCGUUCAAGACAUCGUUUUGGGAGCUCCGUGGUUCAGAUCAAGUCUUAGGCUAUGCGCCUACAUUAGUUGCAGUGCUCUACGGGAAGUUGAUACCUCCAAACUCUUGUCGGAAAUUUUGCAACAUAACGCUAGUGGUGGAAAAAAGCUUUAUGUACCACGGGUGGAGGAUAAAAAUAGUCACAUGCGUAUGCUCCACAUAUCGCGAAUUGAUGAUCUUAUUGCAAACUCAAUGGACAUCUUAGAGCCAGCUUUGGUUGAUGCCAAUGGAAAUGCACGUGAAGAUGUUAUGCAGGCAAACGAUCCAGUUGAUUUGUUCCUUUUACCUGGACUGGCAUUUGACAGAUCUGGAAGACGUUUAGGCCGUGGGGGAGGAUACUAUGAUACCUUCCUAAAAAAUUAUCAAGACCUUGCAAAGACACGGAAUUGGAAGCAACCCUUACUUGUUGCAUUGUCAUAUUCUGAACAAAUACUGGAUGAAGGAGUGAUACCAAUUACUUCAUCUGAUGUUCCAGUUGAUGCUCUUGUAUCUCCAGAAGGUGUGAUUCCCAUUAGUUCUGCCUUAAACAGGAUGGAUCUCUGACACUGGAGCUCAAAGCUGAUCCUGAACAAUUUCAAUAGUGUAUCUUCAAUAAACUUUUGUGGUUUCUUAAGUGUAUGUCACUAAAGUAUCUGGAUCUGGCGGUUUUGUUAAAUGGGGUCUAUGUAACAAGUAAAGGGAACCAAUUCAUCAAGUAAUACUAGACUCCCUUGAAUGAUUGCGUCAAUCCUUGACGGAGGGGAACUUUCAAUACUUUUUGGUCAUUCAUCUGAAUUCAGCACGCUUUUUGUAAUGUUUGAAUUGUGAAAUUUGAAAUUCUUUCUUAAAGCACACUGUUCAGCUGGAAUGCCUAUGCUUUAAUUCCAUGUAUGGUUAAUUUAGGAUGAAGUUAUUCUGCUUUUUGGAU